UACAAAACCGUGUCAUUUGUUUAGGGGAGUGCUGAAAUUUCUUUUCUUUUAUUUUUUUAAAAUUUUAUUUAGGGGUGGACCUUUGCUGUCUGAACUCUGUGUUAUAUAUAUAAGUAGGCAGUGUGGUGGUGAUCAAUUAGUUUCCAGUCUUAUCAAUCAAUAUUAAUUCUUCCUGCUGCAUUGUAACAAAUUGUGCUUCAAAAUCAAGGUUUGUUGAUAGUUAGAAGUGAUCAUAUCAAGCUAGGACUAUGGGAAGACAGCCUUGCUGUGACAAAGUUGGUCUGAAGAAAGGGCCAUGGACUGCCGAGGAAGAUAGAAAACUCAUCAAUUUUAUCAUUACCAAUGGCCAAUGUUGCUGGAGAGCUGUCCCUAAACUUGCAGGGCUGCUGAGAUGUGGUAAGAGUUGUAGAUUGAGAUGGACUAAUUAUCUGAGACCAGAUGUGAAAAGAGGGCUGCUUUCUGAAUAUGAAGAAAGGAUGGUUAUUGACCUUCAUGCCCAGCUUGGAAACAGAUGGUCCAAGAUUGCUUCUCAUCUCCCGGGAAGAACAGACAACGAGAUCAAGAAUCACUGGAACACCCACGUUAAAAAGAAGUUACGGAAAAUGGGAAUUGACCCCCUUACCCACAAGCCUCUGCCACCACCCGAAUCCGAAAAGCCGCCUCCCGAGGAAGCAAACAAAGUUGAAGAAGUGAUCAAUCCGGCCGAGUCAGCGAACAACGAAGGAAAAGAAAUCGUCGACAAUUCCAAAUCCGACCCCACGGAAAUAGUCAACAACGAUUUCUGCAUAGACGAAAUUCCGGUUAUAGAGCCACAUGAGAUUUUACUCUCGUGCGACGAGCCCACACCUUCUUCUUCUUCCUCUUCCUCUUCCUCGUCGUACUCCCAGACAAACGUGCUGGAAGAGCUGCAUUUCUUGCCGAGUUUCGACAGCGAGAUCAUGAUGGACAGCAUGUGGUUCGAUGAUUUCAGCGGUUUGGAUUUGCUGAUAAAUGAUUCUUAUCAGAGAGAUUACUCAACCAGUUUUGAACCUUCUUUGCUACAAUAUCCAGUCAUGGUGAUGGAUGAAGACUACUCAUGGAAUUUUUGAGCUCUCUUCUUCCAUUCCUCUCUGUAAAUUUGCUUACUCAAUCCAUUUUCUGUAAUAAAGAACCAUUAAUUAAGAUAUUAAAUUCACUUUUGCUUCAAAAUGUUACUUAUGUGAAAUGUACUUCACUUUUGAAAACGUGAAAUAAAUCCAAUAUAUUAAUCUA